AUGGCGCAAAUAUUCGGUCGCCAAUCCUCGGUUCUUACCUUCAUCUUCCUCUUCGCUGUCGGCAGCGCCGUUUCAGGUUCUGCCCAAAACAUGACAGCUAUGAUCGCUGGUCGUACCGUGCAAGGAUUGGGCGCCGGCGGGAUUCUAUCAAUGUCAGAAAUCGUCGUUUCUGAUUUGGUGCCUUUGCGCGAGCGGGGUAUGUACCAAGGCAUUAUCAACUCCGUGUGGGCCCUGGCAGGUGUCACAGGGCCUCCUAUUGCUGGCGGGUUUGCUGGCGCAGGACAGUGGAGAUGGCUGUUCUAUAUCAACCUCCCUCUGUGUGGUGUCGCUUUUGGCUUGACGUUCUUCUUUCUGAAGUUGAAGCGGCCUCCUGGUUCGGUGCGGGAGAAGUUGGGUAGAAUUGACUGGAUCGGCAAUGGCAUCAUCAUCAUCGCCUCGACAAUCGUUACCCUGGCACUGGUGGAAGGUGGCAUCAUCCAUCCUUGGAACUCCUUCCAAAUCCUCGUUCCCCUCGUUAUCGGAAUAGUCGGCAUCGGCCUUUUCCUAGUGUAUGAAAACUUUUGGGUGAUCGGCGAGCCGAUGGUUCCAUUCGACAUCCUCUCCAAUCGCACCUCCCUCAGUGGUUAUGCUGCCAAAUCUCAGCAUCCAGCUCUUUCCGUCAGCUUUCACGUCAGCCCCCUUCUCAUCACCGCCAUAACCGUCUCUGCGACGAACCACUAUGUGACCCAGAACGUUACAUCAUGGGCACUCAUCAUGAUCGGGGCGGGGCUCAUGACGACCUUCACAAAGGAUAGCUCGACCGCCACCUGGGUGGGAUAUCAGAUCAUCACCGCCAUUGGUAUCGGUGGACUCUAUGCUGCGACGACUUUCCCCGUACUUGCCCCAUUAUCAAUCACGAAGAAUGCACACGCGCUCGCGUUCUAUAUCUUCCUGCGAACAUUUGCCCAGACAUUUGGUGUGUCGAUUGGCGCCACAGUCCUGCAAAAUGAGCUUAUCCGAAAUCUUCCGUCUGCCUUCUUCUCCCUCUUCCCAGCGGACGCCAAUAUCGCUUAUGCCGCGAUCCUUCAAAUUCCGAGUCUGCCAGAGCCACUGCAAGAUGAAGUCCGCGUGGCUUUCGCAACAAGUCUAUCGACCCUCUGGAAAGUCACCCUCGGCCUUGCGGGAGGGGGGGCCGACAACGACAUUCUUCAUGAAACAGAUUGCUUUGCAUCUGGAGACAGAUGA